GAACGCAAUAUGGAGUUCCUGGUCAAAUGGAAAAAGUGGUCACAUUUGCAUGAUACCUGGGACUCGUACGAUUACCUGCGCAACUUCAAGGGUGCCAAGAAGCUCCUAAACUACAUUAAAAGCAGCAUUCGUGAUGAAAUUCGGUUCAGAAACCACCCCGAAACCACCAAAGAAGAAAUCGAACAGCAUGACAUCAACCUCGAACGCCAACGAGACGAACUUAAGGACUGGAGAACAGUUGAGCGAGUGAUCGGCAUGAGAGGCCCUUCGUCUGCGCCCGAGUACUUUGUCAAAUGGAAAUGCCUGCAUUAUAGCGAGUGCACCUGGGAGUCAGCUGAAUUGAUCACCAAAGAAUACCAAGCCGAGGUAGACGCAUUUCUUGACCGCGAACAAAACGACCAGAUUCCGUCCCGCUCGGUGUCGUACCACAGAUCUGGUCGUCCCAAUUUUACCUUUUUUAAAGACCAACCCGCGUUUAUCCAGGGUGGCCAGUUACGCGAUUACCAGCUGCAUGGCAUCAGUUGGAUGUACCAUUUGUGGUGCAACAACCAAAAUGGCAUAUUGGCCGAUGAAAUGGGACUAGGAAAAACUGUCCAGACAAUCGGUUUACUCAGUACUCUAUUCCACAAGCAAUCCCUUUUCGGUCCCUUUUUGAUCGUCGUUCCUCUCUCGACAACUGACAACUGGAUGAGCGAACUCAGACAGUGGGCUCCUGCCAUGAAUGCCCUGUGCUACAUUGGCGACAGACAGUCGCGUCAGGUUAUCCGAGACCAUGAAUUUUAUGUAGCCGACACCAAGAAGCUCAAGUUUAAUGUGCUGGUGACAACCUAUGAGCUCGCCAUGAAAGAUCGAGUCGAAUUGGGUGCAAUCAAGUGGCAGUAUCUUGCGGUAGACGAAGCACAUCGUCUAAAGAAUUCCGAAAGUCUAUUGUACGAAGUCUUGCUGGGAUUCAAUACUGUCAAUCGUCUCUUGAUUACCGGCACGCCUCUUCAGAACAGUGUCAAGGAAUUGUUCGCACUCGUGCGAUUCCUGAUGCCCGAUUUCGAACUCAAAGAACUUGACAUCGAUCUUGAUCAACAGGACGAUCACCAGACCGACAAAAUCAAGACUCUGCAGAACAGCAUUCGGUCCAUGAUGCUCAGACGUCUCAAGAAGGAUGUCGAGAAGUCUUUGCCCAACAAGUCCGAACGUAUCCUCAGAGUUGAGAUGAGUGAGAUGCAAAAGAACUUUUACAAAAACAUCCUGGCCAAAAACUUUGCUGUGCUGAAUGCAGGCUCUGAAAAGAGCAAAAAGCAGUGGCUCAACAUUGCGAUUGAACUUAAAAAGGCCAGCAAUCACCCCUAUUUAUUCCCACAGGCCGAAACGAUUUCGUACAGCCGCCGUGAACAGCUAAAAGGCCUGGUCGAGAACAGCGGCAAGAUGGUGCUGCUGGACAAGCUCCUGACUCGGCUCAAGACAGACGGCCACCGGGUGCUCAUCUUUUCCCAGCUGGUCAUGAUGUUGGACAUCUUGUCGGACUACAUGGCCAUGCGUGGACACCCUUUCCAGCGCCUGGAUGGCUCGAUGAAGACCGAGGAACGCAACAAGGCGAUCGAACACUACAAUGCCCCUGACAGUCCAGAUUUUGUGUUUUUGUUGUCAACACGUGCAGGUGGUAUGGGCAUUAACCUCUGCACCGCUGACACUGUAAUCAUUUUUGACUCGGACUGGAACCCCCAGAAUGAUCUGCAAGCCAUGUCCCGCGCUCACCGCAUUGGUCAGACCCGGUCUGUCAAUGUCUACAGACUGGUAACCAAAGGCACGAUGGAGGAAGACAUUAUUGAACGUGCAAAACGUAAGAUGGUAUUGGAAUAUUGCAUUAUCAACCAGAUGGACACCUCGGGACUGUCUUUGCUGCCCGAGAACUCGCUCGUAACCGCAUCCGGAAAACCACGCGAAUUGCCGUUCAGCAAAGAAGAAAUGUCAGCAGUUCUCAAAUUCGGUGCCCAAAAUAUGUUCCAGAACACCGAAAACACCGAAAAGUUGACCGACAUGGAUCUUGACGACAUUUUGGCCCGUGCAGAACACACCGAGACCCUGGAUCGUGGCGAGUCGGUCGGUAACGAAGAGUUCCUGGCUCAGUUCAAGGUGACCGAUUACGGAGGCACUGCAAGCGACCUGCGAUGGGACGAGAUCAUUCCGGAUGAAGUCAGGGUUGAGGAAGAAGCCGAGUUGUUAUUGAAACAGCAACAGCAGCACCAGGCUGAUCUUUUUGAGCGGGCGGCCAAGAAGAACCGAAGACCGUAUCUGGAACCUCUGGAGGAAUCUUCAUCGGAUGAGCAAGCCAUUCAAACCAAUGGAAAGCCAGUAGGUCGGCGGAAACGAGCAGGUCAAUCAUCAUCCCUAAGUGAAAAAGACCUCCGGGUGUUGAUUCGGGCUGUUCUGCGGUACGGCGAUGUAGAAAAGCGAUAUGACGAGGCCGUUCAAGACAAUGAGCUGCGACACAAGAGCAAAAAGGUUGUACUGGAGCAUUUGCAAGACCUGCUGUCGAGCUGCCGGACCCGAGUCCGGGACCAAUUGGCAACCUCGUCGACUUUGCAAUAUCAUGGAGGUGCAGACAGCGACAGUCUUCUGCGGGAGCUGCGACACACCAAGCAAAAGGCGAUCCUGUUUACAUGGAAGGACAUCCACAGUGUGAAUGCCGGACAGAUCUUGCAGCGACACCACGACAUGACGGUUCUUGCGCGCCGGCUGGAUGCCAUGGCUGACAAACUCAAGUUCCGCAUGGCGCUUGGAGCAAAGCGUGUGCAAGGGUGGUCCUGCGUGUGGGGUCAGAAGGAGGAUGCGAUGCUGCUGGUUGGAGUCCAUAUGUGUGGGUUUGGACGAUGGUGCCAGAUCCAGGCCGAGCCUUCGUUGCAGCUGACGACCAAGUUCUUUUUGAAUAACUCUCAGGACGAUGAUGACAAUGCUGGUGGUGAUGAUGCCGAAAAGAGCAAAGAUCACGACAAACGGACGCCAAAAUCAAUCCACCUGGCCCGUCGAGCAGAGCAGGUUGAAUCCAAUUCAAGGGACUCUCAACAGUCUGAAAAUGACGCUGAUCGUAAAUACCGGUCAUCAAAGUCAUCUCGAACCGACAGUGAUCAUCGCCACACAACCUCUAUUACUACAGAAAGUAAAACAACUACAACAACUACAACAAAUACAACAAAUACAACAACAAUAUCUGCUUAUGCUUCCUCAAAUUCCGUACCUACUACUAAUACUGCUCCAUCAUCCUCAUCAACAUCAACCACCGCCCACUCACAUCCACCACCAGCGUCAUCCUCACGCUCCUCAGCGCACCGAACCAUGCGUCCUAUGCGCGAGACACUGUACAGACUGCGGGACGAGAGUCCUCGACUGUCUGGGCCAGAGAAGGCUGUGAUGAUUCGAGAAUGUAUCCAGCGGGUGGGCCAGUAUGUAGACAAGCAAUUGGCCCACUUGAGAGGCGACGAGAACACACACCUGCGCACGCGAUGCCACCGAGACCUGUGGUUGUAUACGACCAAGUUCUGGCCCAAUGCCAGCAUCACACACACGACCCUGAUUGAGGUGUAU